AAUACAGUUUUCGAUAUAUUUUUGAAAUUUAUUUUCGUCAUUUUGUGAUAUAAAUAAAGAUGUAUACUCUGCUGAAUAAAAAAAUGUCUGGAAAGGUAUAACAUAGUGAGGCAAUACUGAAUAUCUUAAUAUAAAAUGCCAAACAUUUCAAUUAGGAUAACACGUAUUCGUAGAGAAUCUACUGCUGCAAAUGAUAUUGCUCGUCUUCAAAGCAUAAACAAUGCAUUGAGAACAAUUAGAAGAAAUAUACAACAACAAAUUAUUGCAUCAAAUAAUGAAAUGUUUGAUGCUCAACCUGCAGCACCUAUAUCAGAUGAGGAACCAUUACCUGUUGUAUUGUCAGAAUCUACAAACAAUGCACAACCUAGUGAUGUUAUUGAUGGAACAUCUUCCCAAAACCAACCAGAAAUUAGUGCACCAGCAAUAAACACAGAAGAGGACAAAAGAUAUUGUUGGGUAUGCUUUGCAACAGAUGAAGAUGAUGCAACUGCUUCAUGGGUAAAACCAUGUCAUUGUCGUGGUUCAACAAAAUGGGUUCAUCAGGGAUGUAUACAAAGAUGGGUUGAUGAAAAACAGAAAGGACAUGCAGAUGCACGUGUAGCAUGUCCACAGUGUAAUACAGAAUAUAUUAUUGUACAUCCAAAUAUGGGACCGUUAGUAGUUGUACUGGAUACUAUUGAUGGAGUAAUUUUUUGGAUUUGCCCAUUUAUUUCAACUAGUAUAGCUGUUGCAUGUAUAUAUUGGAUAGCUGUAACAUAUGGAGCAGUAACAGUAAUGCAAGUAUUUGGUCAUAAGGAUGGUCUAGCUAUGAUGGAGCGAGCGGAUCCUUUGAUAUUGCUAGUUGGUUUGCCAACUAUUCCAAUAACAUUAGUUUUGGGAAAAAUGUUGAGAUGGGAAAAACUAGCACUUCAUCUUUUAAGGCGACACGCAUAUGAGAUUCCUAUUUUGCGGCAAUUUUUUGCUAGUAGAGUACAAUCUGAAAAUGUACCACCUAUGAGUGAUUCAGUAUCAAUAGCCCGUAUCAUUUGUGGUGCACUUCUAUUACCUAGUAUUGCCAGCAUAUGUGGAAAAAUAUUUUUUGGGAGUAUACAUUCUAACUUUCAAAGGACAUUACUUGGAGGUAUAGCAUUUAUAACAAUAAAGGGUGCAUUCAAGAUUUACCAUAAACAACAACAAUACAUAAGACAAUGUCAACGUCGUAUAAUGGAUUAUACAGAAAAUAAUGUUGCACAAUAUGGAAGACAAUAAAAUUCUGAGACCAACCGAACAAAUGAUAUAUACACAGAAAUAGGUUCUUGGGAGAAUACUAUUGAAAGACAGUACAUCUCUAAAUGUACUUUCUAAAGUAUUUUAGAAAAACUAAAUUUCAUAGUGUACUUUCAUUAUAAAAAGAGAUGUCCAGCGUAUUAAGUUUAUGUAAGAAUAUAAGUUUGUGGGUACUUUAAUCAGGUCUAGCAAAUACGUAAGUUACAUAUAUUCACAUAUGGGCGCGCGCGUACGAAAUUGUCAUAUACAUAAAUAUAAUUAGUAAAUUAUUAUCUGUCUGACAAAGAACAUCUAAAAUGGAAAUGUUAUAUUGCUUAAAUUUAAUUGUUAGGAAAGUUACAAUAGUGU